AUGUCUUACAUGUCUUCAACAUCUAAUAUUAAUCCAAAUAAAAACACACAACGUAUUAUGUUCAAAAAUUUAGCAUCACAAAAUAAUAAAAACACUGAAAGGUAUCAUACAAAUGACACACUCAGUAUGCCCCAACAAUUUAUUUUAGCAAGUAAAGCUAGAAGUAAAUUGAUUCAAGCCGCUGAAGAUUCUAAAUAUAAAGAAUUUGAUCUAAGGGUCCUAGUAGGUCAUGCAAAUUUCCUAGAUAAAAUCAUGGAUAACAUUGACAGAUUUAGAGAAUCUCAAUCGAUAGAAACUUCUCAAUCAUUAAUUGAUCAGGAAGAAGAUUCGGAUGAAGAAGAUAUUGAUUCGGAUGAAGAUUAUGAUAUUAAUCAAUAUAUGGGGAAUAAUAGGUUCCAACAUGUGGAACAAAUUGAAGAUUUACACAAGUCUAAUGCUCUACAUCAUCACCAUCAUCCUUAUCAUACUGAUGAGGAAGAUAUUAUUAUCAAUUCUUCCUUUGAAUGUGAGGCCAGUCUUAACUCAAAAUCCAUUAUUAAUGAUUAUGAAGAAGAGGGUGAUUCUUUUAAUGCCAUUCAUAAAUUCCAUUCUACAAGUGAUGAUGAGUCUGAAUAUUUCCCCUCUACUUCAGAUUCUUAUCCUGAAUUUUCUACCAUCAAUACUGAAAAUACAUUUGAUUUAAGUGAUUCAAAAGUGACCUCUAGUGGUGAGGAAUCUUCUCCUUCAGAUUCAGAUUCAGAUUUCGAUGAUGAAGAUUUCAUUACUCCUUAUCAAUCUUCUAAUUCUCCAUACAAUAGUGAUAGCAACAGCAGCAGCAGUGAUAGUGAUAUCGACAGUUUCACAAAGCACCAUUCUAGCAGUUCUUCAAGCAAUAAUAGUAGUGAAGAAGACACUUCUAUAAACGCAUUAGGCUACACUACACAUUUAAAAGACUCAACUAAGAUAACAAGACAAUCAAAUAAUUCAAGUAAUGAGAAUUAUAUUUCAUAUAUUCCAAAUCCUAGUGAAAUAAUAAUCGAACAAGAUGCAAUACCGAAAGAUAAAAUUGAUGAAAUCAAUUCUAUAACUUCAGAGGAUGAUGACGAUGACGAUCUUCUAGAUAAACAUCUUGGAGAUAAGUUCACUACAAUUUGGGAAUACCCUGAGGAAGAGGAAACCAUGAAUAUUGCUGAGCAAGAUUUAAGUGGAGUUUCUGUGAGAAACUUGAGUCAUCAUCGUAAUUCACGUCACCAUAGCCAUAUACGUACCAAAUCGCGUAAUUCUACACAGAGAGAAGAUCAUAAAAUAAAUGACAAGAAUUUCGAUGUUUAUAACUGUAUUUUCCCCACAUUACAAGAUCCAAUAAAAAACAAUCAAUGCUAUUACAAGAGACGAUUAACUAAUGAUUUCAUGAACAUUAAAACUGUAGAAUUUUUUUAA